CGGUAGUAUGAGACCGGUGGGGUGCUGGGGACAAAUCCUCCCUCGCUUACCUACUUUGGCCCGUCCGUCUCCCUUUCUUCUACCCUGCUCCCCCUUCUCUCCUUUCACCUUUUCCUAAUGCUCUUCAUUACCGACCAGAUCUUGUUCCUUCAGCUAGGCAUUUGAGCCUCUUUGACGUGAAAAGGGUUAGCACCACUACUGACAUGAAAGCAACCUGUCCUCUUGCCACCAAUUUCAUUUUCAGCAGAGUCGAUAGUGCAACUGUCAAGAGUCCCACCGCUGCGCUAAACUUCGCUCGUGCCUUCUCCCCAUCGUCUCCCUUGUCACCAAGCCUAUCAUCUCAUGAUUGCCGCGUCACUGCUAGUUCUGGUCCUUUCCGUCGCCCUGAUCCCUCUCGUUCCCAACGCCAGGCCUUGGAUAGCGAAGAACAUCCUCCGCAGAGCCUCAACUUCAGCAUCCUCCUCACCACCGUCGUCGGCAAACAUGUCUUCGGCAGCACCAGCUUCCCCACCCGAUAGUCCCGCCGAUGCUACCUCGCCCACCGCAGUCCCCCCGCUAGUGGAUCUCUCUUCAGUGCCGCUACUCUCCGGAGACCUUCAAUUGACGUAUCUCGCGGAGGGCGCGGCAAACAUCAUCUAUCGCCUCUCCGCCGCGCCAGGAGCUCCUCCAGUGGAUGGGUAUGUCAACAGGUUGUUGCGACUCCGCAAAGCUCUGCCUUCUGCCCAGCCCAAUUUGUUAGCGUACUCUCACCUCCUCCACACUUUUCACCCCCUCUUCCCUUCUCAUCUCUUGGUUCCGACAACGCUUAUCAGGGUCCCGAGAUCUGUCAUACUUCGGGAAAACGUCAACCUCCUUCAGAUGGAGAAUGCCGGAAAGCGCCCCGCCAAGAGACGUGGUCUAUACCUUGAAGAGGAAGCGGAGGAUUAUGGCUUCGUAAUCCUGGAUAUGAGUCCGCGUGCUAUUGAGGAUCUCCCGCCGACACCUCCGGACAUCGACGGUGCGAUCGCCCCGCCAAUUUCUGGCGUCACUGCCGAGGAGUUCAAGAGUAAGGGCUUCUUGACCCGUCAGAUCCUUGUCGAGUUCAAGCCAAAAUGGGUGGUUCAAUCUCCUUCCGCUCCCGCCAACUGGAGGCGAUGCAGAACCUGCGCGUUGCGUCUCCAGAAGCAUGGAAAGCCGAGCCACUGCCCGCUCGAUCUGUCCUCGCAAGAGGAGCCACGUGUUAGGAAUACCCUGCAGCACAUUCUGCCGUCUAUUCAGCCGAAGAAUCUGCAGCUCCGUCAUGGGGAGGCCUGGGAGGAUGCCAGGAAAGUGAUUGAGGACCAAGCUGCGGACUUCCUUGUCAGCAGUGAGUUGAUGCCCCUGUUGAAGCGUUUGCAACUUGAGAUGGACCCCCUGGGCCCCAUCAUGGCUGCGCGAGAAGGUAGCCAAUACUGCCGGGAGAGAUUUGUCACCGCCAUGACCAUCCGCGACCUCACCAUCUUCCUUCGCAUCGACCUGGAUGGCGGUGUUGAAGCGCGCAUCGGAGACUUGGAUCUUAAGACCGGUGAAGCCGGAAAAUGGGAUUACUGGGCCAAUGUGGAGCAGACCCUGAUCACCAGCGGUUACUACUCGGGAACCGAAGAGGGGGCGUUGGAGAAGGGCAUCUGGUGCAAACCGUAAUUCCUAAUGAUCUACACAAACAGGCGGAAACUGUCUCUCAACCCAGCAGCAUAAUUCGUUCUUUUUGCUCCUGGCUACAGAGGCUGGUGGGAGUGGUUUAAUGAAGCUCACGUUAUUCAUUGUAUUUUUUUUUUUUGUUUCACGGCUUCAUAAUAUCUCACUCGAUAUAUUCCCAGAACUAUUUUCACAUGUAUUUGUAAUGAUAACGGGUGCCCAACAAACUAUGAAUAUGAAAGCGGUAAUCUCUGAC